AUGGCGCGGUAUCUAAAUCCUCAGAAGAUCAGCCUGUUGGUUCUCGCAAAACUGUACUGCGAGGCCUCAGCCCCAUCUCCGGCCACCAUCCCCAUCCUCACCUUCCUCACCUCCCAGCUCAUCUCGGACAAUGCCGCUCCCGGCGGAGGACCCAAGUCCGCCGACGACUGCAUCCUUACCCUGAAACACUUUGAAAAAGUCCUGGCCGCCCAUGCAUACCUGGCCGGCGAUCCGCACUCGGAAAACAGGGGCGAGACGCUGUACGACGCGUUCCUGGACCGACUGUGGUGCAUCGACACCCUGGACGCCCUGCACAGCUUCUUCGACGGGCUGUCGGAGCUGUUAGGCAAGCCGCCGCGCAACUUCAUCUCCUCCACGGAGCGGAAACAUCCUCCGCCGCGGAUUUUCCUCUCGCGCACCUCGCCGCUCGGAAUAUUCGUGCGCCGUGCCCAGCUCGAGUUCGCUCGCCUACAGUUCCAUGAUGCGAGCAAGCUGUGGCUCGCCCUCGUCAACUACAAGCUGCCAACGGCUGAUUGGUGGCGGGAGCGGAGGCGCGCGCUGGAUGGCCCAUCGCAGUCGGGGAAGCCGUGCUUUGAUGAGAAUCUGGUUGGGUUGGGAUUGGAAAAGGGAGACGGGCUGUUUAGAGUGGCAUAUGGGCAGUUGGAUGAGAUGAGUGAGGAGGAAGGGCUGGCAAGUGUGGACGAGAUUGAGAAACUCUUGGCAUUCCAAAUCGAUCGACUGCAGAAGUACGGCAACCGUGUGCCGGAUGAUAUGAGAGAUCGCUUGCGAAAUAUGCUGGGCCCGACGGCUGCGGUGCCCAGCCUUGCGCAUUUCGUCAAGUUCUUUGAUGCAUGGAGAGCAGGCGAUUACACGUCCUCUUUCGACAACCUGCAUCGUUACUUCGACUACACCAUGCAAACGAGAGACAAGACUUACUACCAGUAUGCUCUCCUCCACAUGGCUAUCCUUCAAGCGGACUUCGGCUGCUUCAGCGAAGCCAUUGCUACCAUGAACGAGACCAUUGCCACCGCUCGUGAGAACCAGGACAUGAGCUGCCUCAACUUCAGCUUGAGCUGGCUGAACCAUCUUGCCAAGGCUUAUCCAAAGCAGAUCAGAGCAUCUGGCUAUGGCGGCAUGCUGGGCUCUGAACGCGACGGUUUAGCAUUCUUGAAGUCGAAGGCAAGGGAGACGAAAAUGUGGAGCUUACUGAGCUCGACUCUCCUGAGUGAAUCCAAGAUGCUUCUCUCCAAUGGCUCGAGCGUACCUCGUGCCUUCGAGCACAUUUAUCAAAGCGCCACGGACCUCUCCGACGCUGUCUGCGACAUACUCCGUAUCUGCUACGGUAACGUAUGCCCCGUAGAAGACAUUCUCCGUUCCACUUGCCACAGCGCAUACAUUAGAUCACAAGCGGGAGACUAUGCAGGAGCAUUUGAGAUUCUUGAUUCCAUCAACCAAACAGACCACCGCACCCUCAAAUUCCAUCAGUACAUAAGCAAUUACGCGGCCCUACUAAAGACGAAGCAAGCUUUGAGAAGAUCUGAUUUUACCGCCGCGACACAUUUUCUCGAUGCCCUACGCGCCUUCCGCCCCACAGACCCGGAAGUUUUAUACCAACUCUCCAUUCUCGAGGUGGAUGCGCUUACACGCCGCGGCGACUUCGCCGCCGCAUUCGUGCGUGUUGACGAGCUGGCUGCUGACCUGAAGGCCGAGGAUGCGGAUGUCUACCAGCGUGUGUACUUACUAACGCUCAAGGCCGCGCUAUUCGCCAAAGCCGGCGUGCCCGAGAAGGGCUUCAGCGUGGCAAUGCGAGCGGCGAGCGCGGCGCACCGCGCGAGAUUGUGGCCGGCGCUGUGGGAGGCACUGGCGGCGGUCCAGGCAAUUCUGGUGGAGUUGGGCGAGUUCCGCGCUGCAAGGCGACUGGGUGAUGCCAUUGCGCCGCUGGCGCUUGAGGCGGGCGAUGAGGCGUUGUGCGCGAAGCUUUACCUUGCACUGGCGGACUCGUGCGUCGGCAUCGCGGGCGAGGAGCAGCAGCAGCAGCUACAACACCAUCACCAACAGCAACAACAGCAGCAGCGCGAUGUGGCUACUUCUUCCUCCAACGCCCUCAGUACUGCCGCAUCUGCCGCCGCAGCGGACGGGAACAGCCCCACUGCUUCAUCUUCUGCCAGGAACGAGGGCGGCGGGGCGACACACCAAAAGACGCUCGCCGAAGCGAUGCUGUUCCUUGAGAAAGCUCGUGAUUGCUUCCGCGCUAUUGAGGACGUGCGUGGAGAGUGCGAGACUCUGGCUAAGCGUGCGCUACUGGAGAAGCUUCGCCCGGCCAUGGCUGCGGACGACGGAGGUGGACUCAUUCCCGGCGGUGGUGCGUUGGGACACGGGCAAAAGGACGAUGCGGCAGCCGUGGAGGAGGCGGUGGCGUAUAUCGGCCGGUACAAGGCCGUCAUGGAAGGGGACGGGGCGGCUGCUGCAGAGACCGUGGGGUAG